AUGUGGAUUAUUCCAGGUCCAGGGAGCCUGCGUCUCUGCAAGAGAUCUUUGAUACCCCGAGGGCUUGCCUUCAGGUCAUAUGCUACCAAGACCUCUGAUCCGCUCCGCAUUCUCUUUUGCGGCUCUGAUGAAUUCAGUAUCGCCCACUUGAAAGCUCUCCAUGCUUAUCAUUUGAAACAACCGGAGCGUAUUUCCUCCAUUGACGUUGUCUGUAGGCCCGGAAAGAGAGUUGGACGAGGGCUGAAGCAGGUUCGAGAAGUUCCACUCAAAGCGGCCGCAUCUGGUCUCUCUCUUCCGAUCCACGAGAUUGAUACCUUCACUGGAUGGACGCCCCCGACCUCCCCGAACGGUCAUAUAAACUUGGUGAUUGCUGUCUCAUUUGGACUUCUUGUUCCGCCGCGCAUAUUGAAUGGUGCCAAGUAUGGAGGCUUGAAUGUACACCCCUCGUUACUACCAAACUUCCGUGGUCCUGCACCGCUUCAUCAUACUCUUCUUGCCGGCCAGACCACCACUGGCGUGACGGUACAGACCUUGCAUCCAAAGCACUUUGAUCACGGAGUAAUAUUAUCACAAACGCCAGCUCCCGGCUUCGACAUCCCCAAUCCAGAUUCAUGCACCGUUCCCGAGCUGGUGGAUUUCGUUGCACCGAAAGGAGCACAAAUGCUCGUGGAAAGCAUCGAAAAGGGACUAUUCGUCCCUCCUAUUACAAAUGCUGGUGCUGAACAAACCGGAAAAUUGAAACAUGCCCCCAAAAUCACACCAGAGGACCGGCAUAUCAAUUGGGCAAAUUGGACCCUGGCAGAUAUCAACAGACGUAACCGAGUGAUUGGACCACUCUGGAGCAAGGCCCUAUGUGCGAGCAAUGCUGUAGAUGGGACUAUAUCAUUCCAACAGAAACGGGUCAUUCUCACAGAUAUCGAGGAGGUCGACCCGCCUAAGGGAUGUGAUUCGUUCUCAAUACUCCCGGGACUACCGUUUACAAAUGCCUCCCACCCUGUUGAGCCAAAGAAGUCGCGGCAGCUAUACGUUUUUACUGCUGACGGCAAGGUUCUGCGCAUCAACCGAAUGAAAGUGGAAGGCGAACAAGAUGCAGAGGGCCUGCGAGCUGCUAUCAAAGCUCACAUGUUCGGUGAUCGAGCAUUCCAAUAUGAAGGUCGGGACCUGACUCCCUUCCGCAACUCUCUUGUAUAA